AGUUCUUGCACUUCUUGCAAGAUGACUGCGUGGGACGGGGUGAUGCCCUUUUACCCCCAGCCCAGGCACGCGGCGGGCUUCAGCAUCCCGCUGAUCAUUGUCAUUCUGGUAUUCUUGUGCUUAGCGGUCAGCUUCCUGUUCAUCUUGCCCGGGAUUCGUGGUCACUCGCGCUGGUUCUGGAUGGUCAGAGUUCUUCUUAGUCUCUUCAUCGGUGCAGAAAUUGUGGCUGUGCACUUCAGUGGAGACUGGUUCGUGGGGGCAGUGUGGACCAAUACAUCCUACAAAGCCUUCAGCACAGCGCGUGUUCAAGUCCAUGUCGGUCUGCACGUGGGACUGGUGGGAGUCAAUAUUACACUCAAAGGAACACCGGUGCAGCAGUUGAACGAGACCAUUGACUACAAUGAGCGUUUCACGUGGCAUCUGGACGAAGACUACACCAAGGAGUACGUUGAUGCCCUGGAGAAGGGAUUGCCGGACCCAGUGCUAUACUUGGCAGAGAAGUUCACACCCAGCAGCCCUUGCGGGCUGUACCACCAGUAUCACCUGGCCGGACACUAUGCCGCAGCAACGCUGUGGGUGGCGUUCUGCUUCUGGAUCAUCGCCAAUGCGCUGCUCUCCAUGCCGGCCCAGCUCUAUGGAGGCUUGGCUCUGCUCACCACCAGCGCCUUCACGCUCUUCGCUGUCUUCGCCUUUGCCUCGGUCUCCAGUGUGCCACUCUGCCCCUUCCACCUGGGCUCCGCCACCCUCACGCCUCACUAUGGCGCCUCUUUUUGGGUCACACUGGCCACCGGCAUCCUGAGCCUCCUCCUGGGAGCUGCGGUGGUGAUUCUUCACUACACUCGGCCCAGCGCUCUUCGCGCUUUUCUGGAUCUAAGCGACAAAGACUGUAGCAGUCAGGCCACAGGAAACUCACCUCUCAUCUUCGAUAACCCGCAACGAAAACAGUUCGUGACCCCAGACUUAACUAUUACCACUGUCCUGUGA